GUCAGUUAGGGGACAAGUCGUGCUUGUAGUCCCAAAGGAGCCGUCGUCGGGGGCAGAGAGACCAAUGGUGGGGUGGUUGCCUUAGAUGGGUGCAUGUUGUUCUUUUUCUUUUUUGGAACCAGUGAAAGCUUAAGACCCAUUUUAUAGGCGGUAUAAACGCUUGGCCAGGCCCGUCGUUGUAGGAGAGGGCCCGAUGGGAUUUUUGGAAACCCCUUGUAAUCCUGUUGCCGUUUACGUCAGUUAUCUUCGACCAGGCUAAAAAAAAAAAAACGAUCAGUAAACGGAACAUCACUCUUUCUCCACCUUUUAAAAAGCAUUAAAAGCUACAGGUUUUCUAAUCGGAGGGGAAAAUGUCCGUAUUCUGCAUUUACGCGAGGUAAACGAAACGGAACCUUAGUUAUAGGCUGUCGUUCCUUUGAGGAGUCCGGACGACUUUCAGCGUUGGACUCGCCGGCGUAGAACUCUGGCCGAAAGACGGCGGCGAAUGCAAGGGGAGUGAAGGGGAUCGCAUUUUUAAAGGUUAAUUCCCGGUUGAACUACAGUACCCGUCAUCCCCAGUCUGCACUGGUAGAACGUACCGCACGUUGUCUGGGAAAGACCGUAAUCUAUAUUGGGAAUGAGAAUUAAGUGAAACUAUUGGUUGCAAGUUAGGGUUGAAUUUACUACUUUAAGAAAGCAGCCAAGACGACGGAGAAGAAUAGAAACGGAGUGAACUGAGUGCAUUGCCCCAUUCGGUAAAGGUAAACUGCAUUAAUCAGAAAUAACUACCAGUUAGUUUGGAUAAGGGAAGCAGCUCAUCAAUAUUCAUUUAUGGCUUCAUUUCUCAAAAUGCUGGAUUUUCUCUCUUUGAUAAACAAACCCUAUUGCCAAAGUAGCUUGUUUAGGAUCUUUGCAACUGGUCAUCAUGCAAGGUGGUACAGUGGCUAUCAGAGACCCGGAACAUCUAUUGAGAAAAUUUCACCACGGAAGACAAUUGAUAACUUAAAGAAUGUAGUGGAAGAACUCAAAACACAAUGUGGGCUUGUAAAGAAAGAAGUAGUUGAUUUUAUAAAAGGGUUUGACCAAAAACCACUAGAAGAUUAUAUAUUGAAUCAGACAAAAGUGAUAUGGGAAUUUCGUAGUGAAGAAGAUAUAAAUAAAUGGGUGCUUGGUUCUGAUGCAGCGAUUGGAGGGAAAAGUGAAAUUUCUAUGAAGCUAGAUAAGAAUAAACAGUAUGCUAUUGUGUCUGGGAACCUCAAUACUGCUGUACCUAAAGACGGAAUGACAAAAUAUAGUGGAUAUUGUGCCAUAAUAUCAAAACCAGAAAUGCUUGCUUUUCAUCGGACAAAGGUACAUGACUGGUCAAAUUUUAAUAGUCUAUACCUGCGUGUCCGUGGUGAUGGUAGACCGUGGAUGUUAAACAUCAAUCCAAGCAAAUACGACCCUACUUCAGCGAACGAUUGUUAUAACUACUUCAUAUUCCCUCGAGGGGGGCCAUAUUGGGAGGAAAUUGAGGUUCCAUUUUCUAAGUUCUUUUUUACAAGCCGUGGGAGAAUCCAGGAUGGCCAGUAUGAAAUCUGGCCAGAUAGGAUCAGCACAUUGGGACUUACUCUGGCUGAUAAAGUAGAUGGUCCAUUCCAGCUGGAUGUAGACUUUAUUGGAUUGUUCAGUGACAGAUCGCAUACAGAAACAUUUGCCUAUGAACUCUAUGAAAAAAAUCCCAAGAAAUAGAACAAGUGGAGGACAGUCGUUCCUUUCAGUUUAGAAUAUUUCUGCAAUUGCAUGCCAUUCAGUAGUAAGCUACAGUUGAAUAGUGGACUUAUCAGUGAAUACAAGCUACAUAAGCAGUUAUGGAAAAACAACAAAAAUCAGCAUAGUAAAAUAAGGACUCUGAUAGUGCCAUCUAGCAUGCAGCCAUUUAGCCACCACUUGGAUUUAAAUGGUGAAGGGACGUAAAAGUAAUGUGCACAUGCUUCCCACCCCCAAUUAAUAAAGAACAUCUGUAUAAGAAACAGAACUGAGCUUAUCCUACUUUUAACAUGUAGUUUUUUGAGUUACAUUGACCAAAAGAAAAUUACUGAAUUCCUUUUAGCUGAAGGAGAAACAUAGUACAUAAUAAAUUGAUUGCAAUCAAGUUGUUUUUGAUGUCUAGCAACUGGAUAUUCUCCAUGAUGAUCUAUCCCUAACCUAUUUUAGAUUUUCCAAAAUUGUAUCCAUUGCCAAAGUCCAUCCAUCUUGCUGUUCAUCGUUUUCCUAUCUUCCACUUUUUUCAGCAUUAGAGCCUUUUCCUGAAAGCUAGGUUUUCAGACAUGUCUGAAGUAGGAUAAUUUAAGCCUCUUCAUUUGUGACUCUGGUAAGAACUCUGGACUGAUUUAUUUUGUGAUCCAUUGAUCAUUUUUAUUUCUUUGGCUAUCCACCUUCUCGAGUCUAAAGUUUAAAAGCAUGACUUCAUAUAACAGCAUCACUUAGCAAUGGCAAUUCCAACAGUUCCCAUUUGAUAACCAAAUCUCACUGGUGUUUGGACAAGGACUCGACUUAAUCUAAUGAUUGUGCCAUUCCCAAUGUGGUUCCCUCUCCCAGCCCCAAGCUUCGGUUAAGAAAGGGAUUGCCUCAUUUUCAAUUCCCCCGCACUCAUCUAUGGCUGCCCUGCACAGUAGCACUCCUCAGUGGCAGUGGUGGCAGAAGUAAAGGCCUGGGGGCUUAGUUUCGGCCUACUGCCCCUCAGCUUCAGCCUGUCACAGGACCCAAAGAUUGCCAUCUCAAACCCUACACGGUGGCCAGCCACCUUAGUGCCACGGUGCAAAGCUCCAGCAAUCCUGUAGGCCCUGCCAUACCCAAGUUGAUUUCCAAUAUGUUUCACUAGUGGUGAAGCAUGCCCAGCCUUAUCUUAUUUAAGGCAGUUGCUUGCCGCACUAGGCCUUUUCCUCAAGGGUGGUUGUGCCAUUCUCCAAUUAUGUGUUGUAUUUAGGCUUCAGAUUUCUGAGGUCUUCUGAAACUUUGUGAUAAUGCCACACCUAUGGUCUCCAAAUAACAAAUGCUGUUCUCACAAUGCUUUCAGAAAGCAUCUAAUGCCUACACACUAAUGCUUUUCAUGCCACUCUUAAGAUCAUUUGGAAGUGUGGACAGCCAAACGGGUAGAGAUGUGGAGGGAGUCGAGAUAGGCAGGUGGAUGGAAUUGAAGCACCCCUGCAGCCUAAGAAAAAUGAUGGCUUGUAAGUGCCCAAAUUAUGAUGAUGAGACUCCUGCAUUGAGAUUAACUUCAAGCACAGGACAUGAAUAUUUGUUGAAAAGAAAAUUGCUGAAUAAAUGGUUGUUACACAAUGAA